CACCCGAAUAAACACUGCGGAUAUGACUGGAAUUGCUCAUGGUGCGCUCACUUGCGGGGUGCCUCUGAGUAGAAGCUCGACUGAGAUCUUGGAAAAUGCCCUUCAUACUCCCGCGACGAGCCCCGAAACCAACGACGGAACCCGAUCUCCCCAAGAUGUCGACAACACUGAAGAUAGCUGUGUCCCUUUCCCAGUUGCGGUUGUUGGCAUGGCCAUGAGAUUACCUGGGGGCGUCAGCUGCGAAAAGGAGUUUUGGGACUUUCUGGUUAACAAGCGCGAUGGCUUGUGCAAGGUCCCUGAUACCCGCUAUAACAUUGAUGCUUUUCAUGACGACUCGAGGACCGGUACAAUCCGAACACAGCACGGGUAUUUCCUUGAACAUGAUAUUGCACAGUUUGACACGGGCUUUUUCGGCAUUAGUAAGGUUGAGGCUGCGAAGCUUGAUCCGCAGCAAAGGCUCUUAUUAGAGAUAAUAUGGGAAUGUAUGGAGAAUGGCGGACAAACAGGAUGGCGGGGAAGGAACAUUGGCUGUUAUGUUGGGGUUUUUGGUGAGGAUUGGCUGGACUUAAAGACAAAGGACACCCAAGACAAUGACAGAUACCGCGUGGUUGGGGCGGGUGACUAUGCCAUCUCCAAUCGUAUCUCCUACGAGUACGACCUCGGAGGCCCAAGCAUCACCUUUCGAACGGGCUGCUCAUCCUCCUUGGUAGGCCUUCAUGAAGCAUGUCAGGGCCUCUAUUCCGGCGAAUGUUCUUCUGCCUUGGUGGCUGGCACGAAUCUCAUCUUCACGCCGACAAUGACGACCUCGAUGUCUGAUAACAUGGUCAUUUCAAAGAGUGGAAUUUGCAGGACUUUUGAUGCCGCAGCAGAUGGCUAUGGAAGGGGGGAGGCAGUCAACGCCAUAUAUAUCAAGCCCUUGGACAAAGCACUCCAGGAUGGUGACCCGAUUCGUGCUGUCAUUCGCUCUAGUGCAGUGAAUUGCGACGGGAAGACUCCUAGUAUCACAACCCCUGGGUCCGCGGCGCAAGAAAGAUUGAUCAGAAGAGCAUAUAAGAAAGCAGGAAUUGACAAGGUGUCACAAACUGCUUUCUUUGAGUGUCAUGGCACCGGGACAACUGUUGGAGAUACAUCAGAGACAUCUGUUGUGGCCAAUGUCUUCGGAAAAGAAGGUAUUUAUAUCGGAGCGGUCAAACCAAACGUUGGGCACUCUGAAGGCGCGUCUGGAAUUACCAGUGUUAUCAAGAGUGUUUUGGCUUUAGAGAAUCUAACCAUUCCACCCAAUGUUCAUUUCCAAAGUCCAAAUCCCAACAUUCCAUUUGAAAAGGCGAAGCUGCAGCUGCCCUUGGAAGCUACCGCCUGGCCGAAAGACCGAAGCCAGAGAAUAAGCAUCAAUUCAUUUGGAAUUGGCGGAACGAAUGCUCACGUUAUCCUUGAUUCUGCCUCUUCCCUGCAGCAGGACGAUACAGGUGUGGAUGACCAGCCAGGUCCUCAGCUUCUGGUUCUCUCUGCGAGAUCAAAACGGUCAUUAGAUGGACAGAUUGAGAAUUUGCAGAAGUACUUGGAGACAACCAAGUCAUCAUUAGGCGAUAUUGCAUACACACUGGGUUUAAGGCGAGAACACAUGCCACACAGGGCAUUUGCACUCACAGAAGCGGAUGGUAAAAUUUUGUCUUUUGAGAAGACCAAGUUCUCCAGAGCACCCAUCGUUUUCGUAUUCACCGGGCAAGGUGCCCAGUGGCCCGGGAUGGGCCGAGAAUUGAUUGAAAGAGUAGGAAUCUUCCGGGAAGACAUUCGGAUGAUGGACCGUGUCUUGCAAGGAGUUACGGGUGGGCCUUCGUGGUCUAUUGAAGAUGAGCUUUUGAAAUGCGACGAUAACAGCCGAGUUGUGGAGGCAGAAUUUGCGCAACCACUCUGCACAGCCGUUCAAAUUGCUCUUGUGAACCUUCUUCAACACUGGGGCAUCACACCUGAUGCAGUGGUGGGACAUUCCAGUGGAGAGAUUGCAGCUGCCUAUACCUCGGGUGCAUUGUCCGCUGAGGUUGCAAUUCUCGUCGCAUAUUUCCGUGGCCAAGCAAUGAAGACUUUCUCUUCCAAACGUCAUGGUGGUAUGGCAGCCGUUGGUCUCGGUUCAGAAAAGGCAAGGCCAUUCUUGAAGCCGGGCGUCGUCAUCGCUUGUGACAAUAGCCCAGAAAGUGUCACACUCUCAGGUGAUAGUGACACUCUCGAUGAAGUUCUGGAUGGCAUCCGUGCUCACGACAAUGAAUUAUUUUAUCGACAGCUUGCUGUCAAUGUUGCCUACCAUUCACACCAUAUGGUCGAAGCUGGGGAGGCGUAUGAGAAGAUGGUUCAUCCGCAUUGCGUGCAUAAACUAUCUAUGCUGCCAAUGUACUCCACUGUUUCGGGAACAAUCAUAUCAGAUCCCUCAAUUCUGAACGCCCGUUACUGGCGCAAGAACUUGCAGUCUCCCGUUCUUUUCAACACGGCAAUUCAACGGAUCAUUGGAGAUGACGAUCAGUCAAAGCUGUUUCUGGAGAUCGGACCCCAUUCAACGCUAUCUGGUCCCAUUCGUCAGUCACUUGCAAAGGCCGAUACGAAAGAUCACCGCUAUCUUCCGACCAUUAUUAGAGGUAAAGAGCCAUGGAGGAGUCUUCUAGUAACAGCCGGAAACCUAUACACCCAUAGCGCACCUAUAAGCCUCUCUUCCCUCAUUACGCAAGGCAAAGUCUUGACAGAACUUCCCCCAUAUACCUGGCAGCACGACGAGAGACUCUGGGACGAGACCCGUCUUGUUCGUGACUGGAGACUUCGUCGAUAUCCUCAACAUGAACUCCUAGGCUCUCGGACUCUGGAGUCAAGUGAUUUGGAACCGGCUUGGCGGAACAUUUUCAAUAUAGAAGAUGCUCUAUGGGUGAUGGACCACAAAAUUGGCAAUGAUAUUGUCUUUCCCGCCGCUGGUUAUGUUGCCAUGGCAGGUGAAGCUCUGCGUCAAGUAACUGAAUCCACGGACUACUCUCUGAGUAAUAUGUUUAUCCGAAACGCACUGAUUCUAGGGGGCUCAGGGCCUGUCGAGAUGGUCACCAGUCUGCGACCAGUCAAGCUUGCAGACAAUGUCGACUCUCCGUGGUUUGACUUUACUAUUACAUCCUAUCAAAAUGGGAAGUGGAAGAAGCAUUGCGUGGGUCAGGUUCGGCCAGGCGCUGAUCAAGGACAUGAUGUUCCCUUGAGCAAGACCUAUUCUCGACAGAUUGAAUCCGAUAAAUGGUAUCGUGCACUCAAAAAGCGCGGGCUGAACUACGGAUCCCAUUUCAGAGGGCUUAAUCAGAUUACAGCGAGUCCAUCGAGUUUCCAGGCUUCUGCGGUUUUGCACGGUGAUGAACCAUCACGUAUCAGUUACUAUGCUCUUCAUCCAACCUUGAUUGACCAAUCAUUGCAACUGCUCAGUGUAGCAGCGACACAGGGCAUCUCGCGUCGAAUGACAAGAAUGUGUAUACCGACUGCCAUUGAGUCCCUAUAUAUCAGUGAAGGUCGUGGGGAAAUGAACUUGAAUGUUUCCUGCGAGGCAACCAGUGGCACCAUGUGUGGAAAUUCGACACUACUCUCGAGCGAUCAGGUUGUCCUCUCCAUGGAAAGGGGUGUCUUCUUCAAUGUCCAGGAUCCUGAGUCAGAUAAUCCGAAUGCGCUGCUAGCGUCAAAUAUUUACUGGACGCGACAUAUCGACUUUGUUCCUCUUGAAGAACAGCUCCCGCGUCUUCCUGAACCGCUUUUCCAAGCGCAGACUGUAGCAAGGAUAACGAGUUUAUAUGUGGUUGAAGCAUAUCGCCGCACGAUGUACUCGACUCCCACAUCUGACCAUCUCAAGAAAUACCACGCCUGGAUAAGGGAUCAGUACCGUAUGAUCAAAGAAAAGUCGGCCGACUUGGUCCCUGAAAUGAAGGAAAUGGAUGUCUCAAGUCUUGGCCUUUGCAGCCCUUACGCAGAUGCAUUGCGUAGGGAAAUAUGCAAUAUGCAUCCUCUGGUCAAGCAUACUCACCAACUCGCCGAGAGGCUUUGCUUUACAAUGCACGAUAUCUUGGAGGGUCGAAUAAGCCCUCUUGAGACCCUUGUGCAGGAUGGUAUGUUGAAGUAUUUCCUCAACAAUUUGGCUUCUCUUUCCCCAUGCGAUACCUUUCUCCAAUUACUUGGCCAGUCUAAUCCAGUCCUUCGCGUUCUGGAGAUUGGUGCUGGAACGGGCGGCUUGACAUCAGUUGCACUAAAUUCUCUGACAUUAUCCAACAAUGGCCGACUUUACUCGAAGUACACAUUCACAGAUAUAUCGGGGGGCUUUUUAGGAGAUGCUCAAGACAAAUUCCGCGAGUAUGAUGCCAUUGAAUACGCUACACUUGACAUCACUCGUGAUCCAGAAGGGCAAGGAUAUGCACCAGAAAGUUAUGAUUUGAUCAUAGCUGGCAAUGUCAUUCAUGCCACACCUGCAAUUUCUGACACAUUACAAAAUAUCCGCAAGCUUUUGGCCCCUGGGGGUCGUUUACUCAUGCAGGAUUUGAGUGGUCGUAUUCCUAUAAGCGGCUUUGUGAUGGGCGUUUUGCCGGGCUGGUGGCUUGGAGAGGACGAUGGUCGUCGUGACAGCCCGGCAUUGUCUGCUGAGGGGUGGCACGAGGAGUUGGUCAACGCCAAUUUCACUGGUGUGGAUGCCCUGCAAUAUGACAAUGAUGAGCCCUAUAGCAUAACAGCUACAAUUCUCUCGACAGCCAAGGCCUCCGGUAUCAAUGCAAAAGAGAGGCAAAUUGGAUUGCUCCAUUUAUCAGAAAUUUCGGAAUGGGGCCGUGAACUAGAGUCAGCGCUUUUGCUUUCGGGCCAUACCGUGAAAUGGUACACACUGCACGAUACACCCCCUCCUGGAUCUGAUAUCAUUUCUCUCAUAGACCUCGAAGGCCCCUUCUUUGACAAUUUGUUAGCCGAGGAAUUCAGGCUGUUCCAAAGCUACUUGUCUAAAUUAGCUGGCGUUCAUCUCCUUUGGAUUACAAGAACCCUCCAAACUGAUUGUGAAGAUCCUCGUUUCUCAUUGGUCUUGGGAAUGGCUCGAACGAUUCGAAAUGAGCUGGGUCACAAAUUCGCGACUUUGGAAAUUGAUCAGUUCGACGCAACUGCCGUGGAUUCUGCUAUUAAAGUAUUUGAGAAAUUGAAGGCUCAGUCUAAUCUACCGUGGCUGGAUUCGGACUACGAAUAUGCUCACAAGGAUGGAAAUGUCCUUCUGCCACGACUACAAUGGUCCUCUCUGGAACAUCAGCUGGCUGUUAUGCCACACUCGCCGACACCACGGUCAUUGGAUAUAGGGUUCAACGGAAUUCUGGAUUCGUUGCGGUGGGCCAUGUCUGCACCUUCCCCGUCUGAGUUGAAAGAAGAUGAAGUUGAGCUGGACAUAAAAUAUGUUGGUCUGAACUUUAGGGACAUGAUGAUUGCAAUGGGAUUUUUAGGAGAUACGUCCGAAUUAGGCUUCGAAGGUAGUGGAAUUGUGCGCCGAGUAGGAUCAUCUGUCGAGCAUAUAAGGGUCGGUGACAAAGUUGUCAUUAUCUAUCCAGGACUCUUGGGUACCAAAAAAGUCGUCCCGGCUGUUUCUUGCCAGCCCGUCCCCGAGCAAAUGUCGCUUGAAGAUGCUGCCGCAAUAUCAUGCGUUUACGCGACAGCGAUAUAUUGUCUUAUCACUAUGGGAAACCUACGUAAGGACCAGUCUGUACUAAUUCAUUCUGCGUGUGGAGGUGUGGGACUGGCCGCAAUCCAAGUUUGCAGGAUGAUAGGAGCAGAAAUAUACACCACGGUUGGGACUAGUGAGAAGGUUAGCUAUCUUACUGAUACUGUGGGAAUCCCAGCGGAUCACAUAUUCGAUUCCAGAAGCACAUCAUUCUUGCAAGGCGUGCUGAAGAAAACCAAUGGACGAGGUGUUGAUUUGGUGUUGAACUCUCUUUCAGGUGAAUUGCUUCAUGCCUCCUGGAAAUGUGUUGCAAAAUUCGGUAAGAUGAUCGAGAUCGGGAAGCGAGACUUUAUGGGUCACGGCAAACUUGAUAUGGAUAAAUUUCUGGGCAACCGUUCUUUCAUCGGCGUGGAUCUUUCAGUUAUAGGGCGCGAAGAUCGGGAAGCGCUGGGAGGCUUGGUUGAACAGUUUACAGGAUACUUCCAGCAAGGAAAGUUGACACCCAUCAGACCUGUUGUUGUUUUUGACGCCCUGGAUGUUGUUAAGGCUUUCCGCCACAUGCAAACAGGCCAACACAUAGGCAAGAUCGUUGUUCGAAUGCCGGAGGAUCCUAAUACUCUGCCAAUGACCAAGAUACAUGAAACCACCCCGCUCUUCAGACAGGACGCCUCGUAUCUUCUGGUUGGCGGACUUGGAGGACUUGGUCGAGCCGUUAGCACCUGGAUGGUGGAAAAGGGUGCCCGCAAUUUGAUCUUCCUCUCUCGGUCAGGCGGCAAGUCGCCUGAAGCUCAAGCUUUUAUUGAUGACCUAAAAAGCCACAGUAUGGUGAGCGUGACGGUGAUCGCAGGCGACGUCUCAAAUAUUGAAGAUGUCCAGCGGGCUCUUUCGGCAGCCAAGCGCCCCAUCGCAGGCGUACUGCAAAUGUCUAUGGUGCUCAAGGAUCAAAUUCUAUCCAAAAUGACCUAUGAGGACUGGGUGGCUGCCUUAACACCGAAAGUUCAAGGGACAUGGAACCUCCACUUCGAGCUUCAAAGCGCACCACUUGACUUCUUUGUACUUUUCAGCUCUGUCACUGGUAUCAUGGGAUUUGCUAGCCAGGCCAACUAUGCGGCAGCCAACACCUUCCUGGAUUCAUUUGUCCAGUAUCGUCACUCUCAAGGGCUCCCAGCGAGUGUGAUUGAUCUCGGUUUCAUGGCAGAUAUCGGUUAUGCAGCUGAACAAAGCCCACAAACAUUGAAUAUCGUCAACACUAUGGACAUACAGAUUAUCGAAGAAAAGGAACUGCUGCAAGCAUUGGAAAUUUCGGUCUUUGCUCAAUCUCCUCACCCUUCAUCACAACUAGUCGUGGGUCUCGGCACCAUGGGCAAUGUUAAAGAGAUACAGUGGCUGCAUGAAGGUCGAUUGAGUCGUUGGAAAAAUACUUCAGUAACGAACGAAGCGGCAAAAUCUUCUCAAUCUCACGAACUACAGUCUCUCCUUGAUGAGAUUCAGAAAAAUCCCAAGUUGCUGGAUGAGCAGUCAACCCAUGACAAGAUUACCAUCGAGCUAGGUAAAGUUGUCGCUGCUCAUCUUGCCUAUGCGGAAGAUUUGAGCAAAGAAGAACUCUCCAAUAUUACAAUUGACUCGUUAAUGAGCAUAGAAAUCCGCAGUUGGUUUCGCCGUAAUGCGGGUAUCGACAUCUCCCUGGUCGAGAUCUCGAAUGCGAGUACCGUUGGAGGGCUGGCCGACACAGCCGUGAAGAUGUUGCGCAAGAAGCACUCUAAUGAAGGGGAAAUUCCCAGCAGAAUAAGCGCUUCUUUGCCAGCUGAACUGGAUGAAAUUACGGUUUGUCUGGAGGACAUGAAGCUGGGCAGCGACUUGCGAGCUCUUCCUGGAACCGUCCCUGACUGGUGCUCCGAAUCUGAAGGAAGAGUCUUCCUCACAGGUGCGACAGGAUUUGUGGGAGCCUUUUUCCUCUUGGAGCUUCUCGCUCUUCCACAAGUUAAGAGCGUUGCGUGCUUGAUUCGAACAACGGAUCCUCUGUCGGGAAGACUACGGAUUGAGAAGACGUUCACCCGAUAUGGCCUGCCCCUUGAAGUUCUGGACAAAAUCACUGUGGUCCCUGGCAAUAUUGCCCACCCAAAUUUGGGAAUGUCAAAGGAGGAAUUCGAUCAUCACGCACGGUCAUCUAGUGUUGUCUUUCACCUUGGAGCCUACGUCAACUACACCCUCCCUUACUCUGCUCAUCGUGAUGCCAACAUUGUUGGUCUCCUCAACAUGCUAGAGUUUGUCAACACUGGGCGCCUUAAGCCCUUGAAUUACUUCUCCAGUAUCGGGGCAUGCGGUGCCUCGGCUCAUCUCACUGGCACGACUAUCCCUGAGAAUGAGAGGGCCAUGCUGGAUCCCAAGUACUUUGAGCAGCAUGUUGGAUAUACAAGAAGCAAGCUUGCUGCGGAAAACAUUGCUUGGAAUGCCAUUGCCAACAAAAUUCCCAUAACCAUCUAUCGCCCGGGAGUCGUAAUGGGCCACAGCGGCACAGGGGUUGACAAGCCCGAAGACUUGUUCAAUCGACUCAUGUACAACUGCAUCCGACUCGGGGCCUACCCAGCUCCACCUGAUCAGCUUAACCACUUUGUCCCAGUUGACUAUGUAUGUGCAGCUAUCUUGCGCAUCUCGCAAUCCUCGCAGAACCAAGGCCAUGCCUUCAAUGUCGUCCAACCUAAUCAAGACCAAGCCAUUACCUGGAUGGAUACAUUUAAAAUACUGAGCGAUCACGGUUCGACUCCACUGCGAUGUGUCUCUGUAACCGAAUGGCUGCAGAUGUUCGCGGCACAAGGGAAACACAGCAUGAAAACAGCGACCCCUCUACUCAAAGAACGACUAGCGGAGAACGAGAUCUGGUGGGGUGACAGCAGUGGAAUGGCCGUGUAUGAAACAACAAACCUUCGCCGAGCGUUGGCGGACUCUCCGGACAUUCUGGAUAUCAAACCUAUGCCAGAGCUGCUCAAGACUUACUAUGGCCGUUGGGAGGCUAGGGCUAUGGACACAAAUGGUGCUGUUUGAUGAAUGACUUCCCAUUUUGUUUGAAGCUUGUUCAAUAGUCCUAGUAGGAUGGCCUUCGCGCACACCAAGGGCCCUG